AUGCGCUGUGGCUACAUGAAUCGACUCAUAUAUGGAACUCCGAGGCGUUCAGAGAGAGAUUUGACUCGAGGUAGGGAAGUCCCCGUUAGGCUUUGCGGUCAGCAUAAUAUGGUUGUGUUCGCAAAACCCUUACAGAUGCAAGAAAUGAAGAGUGGAUGGUUGUUGGUGCGGUGUCGGCGGGUGCGUGUGGGUGCUGGCAGGGCAGCCGGGCGGGGCAGCUGUGCUUCUCGCCAUCACAGCGCCACCUCACCGAACAUACUAAUAACAUGUACAUUUUAUAAUGUGAUGUCGCUUCCCUACCCGAGUCAUUUCUGUGUUCUCUGUUCGUUCCAGUUCCCUUGUCCAAAGAAGAUGCAGAUCAACCUGACCGGUUUCCUGAACGGCAAGAACGCGCGUCUGUUUAUGGGCGAGCUGUGGGAACUACUGCUGAGUGCUCAGGCCAGCGAGAACGGGAUACCGGAGUCAUUCACGCAACAGAAGAAGGAGGAGAUUAAAAAGCGCAUGGAGGAGCAACAGAAGGAUAAGGAUAAGGAGAAGGAUCGUCGUCGGUCAAGGUCGAGGUCGAGAGACAGACGACGCUCCAGGGACCGACGUAGGUCACGAACACGCUCGAGAGAUCGAUCAACGGAUAGAAAACAUAGAAGCGGAGGCAGUCCUCGUCGUUCGAGAAGGCGCAGUAGGGACAAGAGCAGCCAGUCCAAGCCGUCGCAGGUUGACGACAUUAAACUACCAGAACCAAAAGAAAACGGAAAGUCACCGGAAAAGAAGGAAGAACCUGAAGUAAAGGAGGAAGUCAAUCACCAUCCUGAUGCUGAGUCAGCUAACGAACAAGCCAACGAUUCAGUCAAGGAAGAGAAAAAAGAUGAUGAACCUAAAUCAAGAUCUGCUUCGGCCGAUAAAACUAUUGUGGAAAAACGUGAAGACAAACCAGCUGAUAAAACUAGAAAUUCUUCAAGCGAACGUCGCUCUACAUCGGUUUCAUCGCGUGGAAGCGCUAAAAAGCGAUCAUCGCACAAAAAGCGGCAAUAUCGAUCCAAUCGUGAUUCAUCAACCAGUGUUAGCCCUAGACGUAGCUCUCGCAGGGAAAGGAGUAAAUCUCGCCACCGUAGUAGCAGACGACGUUCUAUAGAACGACGUGACAGAGAGAGAGAACGUGAGAGGGAAAGAGACAGAGAGAGAGAACGAAGACGAAGAGAGAGGGAGAGGAGGGAAAGAUCUCGUGACCGCCGUCGCUCCCGCUCCCGCCGCCGCUCUCGCUCCCGCCGUCGCUCGGGACGCUCCCGGGAUAGGCGAUCCCGGGACCGACGAUCACGGGAUAGGCGAUCCCGGGAUAGAUCUAGAGACAAAAGAUCAAGGGAUAGGACUGUGAAGGAUAGAAGAUCACGAGACAGGAAAUCCCGUGAGAGGAGAUCGAGCGAUCUGAUUAAAGAGCGUUUAGAAAAAUCCGUUUCUAUACCGCGUAAAGAAAAUAUUGAGAAGUUGCGUAAGAAGUCGCCGGAACGCGUUUCAAUACCGAGGGAGCGUUCCAAAGAGCACGUGUCCAGUUCUAGCAGGGAAUCAUCGGUGGCUAACGAUAAGAGUGUCGUACAAAAUGAGACUCAAGAUAAACCGCCUCAAUCAUCUGACGACGAGGAGCGAGAUGACUUCAUCCCUGUCCCCGUGCUACGAGAGUAUUCAAAGAGUCUAUCACGAACACCCUCGCCCUUCCUUAGGAAACAUGAAAUGGAAAACAAUAAGAAAUCCGACAGAUCCGGAGAUGACGCAUCCGGCAGGGAACAAAAUGAAGAGGAAGUUAAAGUCCAAGAAGUGAAGAAAUCAAAACGUAAAGGACGACAGUCAGAGUCGGAAAGCGAAAGCAGCGAGGGGCUCUCCAAAUCUAAGAAUAAAUCCAAGCUUAAGCGUAAAGAAAAGAGCACAUCAAAGAAGUCGAAAAAACCGAAAAAGGAAAGUUCUUCUAGCGACAGUGAAUCUGAAGACUCUUCUUCUAGUGAUUCCGAAGAAGAUAGAAAGAAGAAAGCAAAGAGGGCGGGCAAAAAGAAAGUGGGGAAGAAGUCUAGGAAGAAGAGGGCUAGGUCCUCUAGUUCUGAUUCAAGUUCUGAAGAGGAGGUGAAACAUAAGAGUUCUAAAAGUAAACAGAAGAACAUUCCAGAAGAAUCAGAUGCGGAUAAGAAAUCCAAGAAGAGGAGUAAAGAUGCCAGUCUACCACGAACCGAAAAAGGAGACGGUAAACCGAUUAAGUCCAAGAAAGUAGCCAAUUCCGAGGAUUCACGAGAUGAUAGUUCUGACAGCGAUGAAAAAUCUGCUAAAAAGAAAGCUAAACAUGACUCUACAUCUUCAGAAAAGGAAGUGAAGCGUAAGAAGGCUGAAAUGCUUAAAGAGAAGAUUGCUUCCCCUGAAAUAAUUAAACCAAGAAAGAGCGAUGAAAAAGGUUCUAAAGCUAAACAUGCAGAUGACGUGAAGCCCAAGAGCCGCGAAGAAACUGAAAAGAAAGCUAAAAAGAGAGAAAAAGAAGAUUCAUCAUCUGACAGUGAUCAGAUUUCAAAGAAGAAAGCUCGCAAGAAGGUUUCCGAUUCAGAAAGCGAUUCGGAAAGCGACGAACCUAAGAAAUCUAAGAAAGCUAAAAAGCAUAAGAAACAUUCAAAGAAGCAUAAGAAACACAAAAAGCACAAGAAAGCGUCCAAGCGUAAAGACGAUUCAUCAGACAGUGAUGAAGCGGAGGAGGAAGAGGAAGAAGAUGGUAAAGUAAAUAAUGAGGACUUGGAAAAAAAAUUACGAGAACGGGCUCUGAAAUCUAUGAAGAAACAAACUAGCGUCUCUGGCUCCGACUAA